AUGUCGAACGCUGACCUUCUUCGCGCGCAUAGCAAACCCCACCACCACCACGACGAAGACCACGAUCAUAUAGGUAAGAGCAGGAGCCGAAGCACACUCAAUUCCAACCUGGAUUCCACAUUACCUACAAUAUCUCAGGAGCUGGACAGUGAGACCGGUAACGACGACACAACACCUACGGAUAUGGCAGGAGCGAGUACAACAUCUGGCAAGACAGGCUCAUCAAGUAAUCUGGACCCGGCUUCGCCAACUUCUCCACCACUGCUGCCGCAUGAGAAACACACCCUGAGAGGCUAUCCUACACCACCUUUGUCGCAUUCGUCAUCUUUGGCCAACAUGGGUAAAGAUGUUGGAGAUGCUGAUAGUCCGUUGAAUCCUUCGCCACUCAGCCGGAACCCAUCAUUGACAGCAGUAUCGAGACCUGAAACUGCGGCUGGCCACAUCUCGAAUCCUGCUGGCUCCCUAAACACCCCCGCGAACCCUUCAGUCGCCCAUGGUUCUUUGUGUUCCGUACAAGAGAAAGCUGAGCUAACACAGGAGCGUGCUCAGAACACACCUCCCCAGACACCUCGAUCCGGCUCGCACGAGAGCAGAAGAGAUGGCGAAGAUGUGCGACAUGUUCCGCGAGCCGACAAGUCAAGUCGGUCAAGCUCGGGAAAUCCGAAUGUUGCUACGGUUGGACAGAUCAAGGGUCAGCUAGAGGUUAGCGUCGAGGAAGGCAGAGGCUUGAAGCCGAGCGUGGAGCCAUAUGUGGUGUGCAUCUUUCAACUCAACGAAGCUGUCUCGAGAAGGCCGCAAGAAGACCAGAUGGACACGGCGAUCGACAACGAUUCGGAGCCUGAACACAACCUGGCCAAAGGUGUGGCUAUGAAGCGACUUGGCAGUGGUUCCGGAACACCAAUGGCUAUCCCGGGAAUGCGAAGUCGUCAGACAAGUUCUACAAACAUUGCCGAUCUGCGUCGAGGCUCGAAAAGCGAGAAAUCAGAAGUCACAGAUCCCGUAUGGCGACACAAGACACUAUUCGAUGUGGUCGGAGAGAACAACGAGAUGGAUAUCUCAGUCUACGAUAGGGCGAGAAAUGAGGAGUUCCUAGGCCAUGUGCGUUUGCCCCUGAAUCUUGAGCAGUACGAGCAUCAGCAUGCAGAUUGGUACAAGCUUCAACCACGACAAGGUGAUACCACCAACAUAACCGGUGAGGUCCACCUGAGGAUUGCUUUCCACGCAUCUGGCAAGAAGACCUUCGGCCCAGAGGAUUUCGAGGUCUUAAAGCUGAUUGGCAAGGGUACAUUUGGGCAGGUGUUCCAGGUACGAAAGAGGGAUUCGCAACGCAUUUAUGCUAUGAAGGUGCUGUCGAAGAAAGUGAUCAUUCAGAAGAAGGAGAUCCAACACACAAUUGGCGAGCGUAAUAUUUUGGUCCGAACAGCUACGACAGAGUCACCCUUUAUCGUUGCGCUGAAGUUCUCCUUCCAGACGGCGGCCGAUCUUUAUCUGGUCACAGACUACAUGUCUGGAGGCGAGCUGUUCUGGCAUCUACAGAAGGAAGGUAGAUUCGUCGAGGAGCGAGCGAAGUUCUACAUUGCGGAAUUGAUACUGGCCCUUCGUCAUCUACACCAGCACAACAUUGUGUAUCGAGAUCUAAAGCCGGAGAAUAUCCUGCUUGACGCCAACGGACAUGUGGCACUAUGCGACUUUGGCCUGUCGAAAGCCAAUCUCUCAAAAGACGACACCACAAACACAUUUUGUGGCACCACGGAGUAUCUUGCCCCCGAAGUUUUGCUAGAUGAGCAAGGGUACACCAAGAUGGUUGACUUCUGGUCUUUGGGCGUGCUCGUGUUCGAGAUGUGCUGUGGUUGGUCGCCCUUCUACGCGGAAGACACCCAGCAGAUGUACAAGAACAUUGCAUUUGGCAAGGUCCGCUUCCCACGCGACGCUCUCUCGCAAGAAGGCCGGAAUUUCGUCAAGGGCCUGCUCAAUCGCAAUCCUUCACACCGCCUAGGCGCGAAGGGCGAUGCGGAGGAGCUUAUGGCCCAUCCCUUCUUCAACGACGUCGACUGGACUGCGCUCAGCAAGAAGCUGACGCCCCCACCGUUCAAGCCGAAGCUCAAGGGCGAGCUUGACACGAGCAACUUCGACCCCGAGUUCACCAACGCAUUGACAAGUGGCGACAUGUCAUCGUCCUUGAACGCGAGAGCGGCCGCUUUGGCUAGUGGCGUUGGCAUCGACAACACACCACUGAGUCCCACCAUGCAAAACCAAUUCCGGGGUUUCACUUUCGUCGACGAAAGCACUCUGGAGCAGCAGUUUGCGGAUCGCGAUGUCGGUAUGACAGACAGCGUCUCUUCCACGAACGGUCGUGGUUCGCGAGGCGACCGUAUGAGCGGAGUCGAGCCCAGCAGUGCUACCAGCGCACACGGAGACGCAGAUUUCAACCAUGGUAUGCUCGAAGAUAUCUAG